AUGUCUGAUGAACAAUUUGAUGAAGAUCGUCCAUCUCAACAAGGAGUAAAAAGAGCUCAAGAUGCAAAUGAUGGACCAGCAACAAAGAAAACAAAUUAUGGAAAUGGCGGAGAUGAUGAUGGAACUGGAGGAGAUCAUUUAUCAAUCAAAUUAUUAAUUCCAUCAAAUGCAGUUGGUGCAAUUAUUGGAAAAGGUGGUGAAACUAUGAGAAGUUUGAAAACUGAUCAUAAUUGUCGCGUUCAAAUGAGCAAAUCAACUGAAACAUAUCCUGGAACAAGUGAAAGAAUUUGUUUAUUAAAAGGAAGAGUUUUGAAUAUUUUGGCAGUUGUUGAAAUUAUUCAAGAGAAAAUUCGAGAAAAAUGCUCCGAUCAAACUGGAACUGAUCAAUUUGAUCAAAAACAUUCGCCACGUGCAAAUUCAUGUAAAAUUGUAAUGCCAAAUACAUCAGCUGGUAUGGUUAUUGGUAAAUCUGGUGCGAAUAUUAAAGAUAUUCGAGAAAAUAUUGGAUGCCAAAUUCAAGUUUAUCCAAAAGUUGGAUCUGCUGAAGCUCAAAAUACUCCAGAACGUGUUGUAACUGUUGCUAAUGAUGAUGAUAAGGUUGGUAUCAUUUUAUUGAAUUUAUUGAAAAUUGGAAAACGUUUUAGAUAAUGCUUCAAGCUGUUAGUCGAGUUCUCGAAAAAGUUGCAUCAGAUCCUCAUCACGCGAGUGAAAUAAAUAAAGAAGAUUUUGGUAAAUAUUCCGGAGGAACUUCUGUCGGAAUUAUUCCACCAAAUAAUAAUCACAACAAUACUCAAAUCAAUAUUCCUUUCAAUGGCGGAGGAAACGGCGUAUUUAAUAGUGGUCAAUCAGCAUUCAACAAUGGUCCAAAUGUUGGCGGAGGUGGCGGCGGUCCAAAUAUUUCAUUCAAUUCUUCAUUUGGUGGAAAUGCUUUUGGUAGUGGACCUGGAAAUGUUCAAGGAGCUGUGAAAUAUCCAAUGAGUGGAUUGGGAAAUAAUGAAUUGUUAUCAUUUUUGGACAAUUUACAAUCUACAUUAAGAACUUCCGGAUUCAAUGAAUCAAGUGUAUCAGAAGUUAUGCAAGCUAUGCAGGUAAUUUUUCAGAAAAUUUUGAAAUUCUUUUUGAAUGCUGAUAAUUAAACUUUCAAAAUAUUUAACUAAUUUAUAUUAAUUUUCAGGUUCUCGCAAAAUACAAUAUAAUGGGACUUGGCCUUGGUUUGGGUGUUGCUGCAAUGGCACAAAUGCGAACCGGACAAGAAGUUGGACAAAAUCACGGAAGUGCCGGAUUUGGUGAUAAUGGCGGACAAGGUGGUAGUGGAUAUGGUGGAGAACAACAGGUCAGAAAAAAACAAAUAUUUUCUAGAUUCAUUGAAUCUUGUCGAAAUAUCUGUUUUCAGAUUAAAUCUGUUUGUUUUCAGUCUUACUGGCGUCGAUAA